AUGUUUAAUGGAUAUCAAUAUGAUAAGUAACUAACAUUUACAAAAGAAAUUGACAAAAUAAAGAAAGAUUAUAUAACAGAAAGAUAACGUAGAAAAGGUAUGAGAAGUUACAUAAAAAAUAGAUAUGAAUCAAAGAUUGUCUAAGAAUUAUAAAAAGAGAGUUGAGAACUUCGUCAUAAAUAUGUUAGAAAACCCUGUAGUUUGUAAUGAAUAUAAGCCUCCAGAAAGUUAUAAGUAUAGAGAUGAGGAUCCAACAAAAAAUUUGGGAGAUCCUUAAAUAUAUGUUAAAGGUUUCAAACAUGAGAAGGAGAGAAUUUUAGAAGCUUAAGAAAAAAAUAAGGAUUUAGAUUUUCUUCCAAAUUUAAAAGUGGGAAAGCAUUCUUUUAGAGAAAGAGAUCCAUCAAAGGAUAUAAAAAGAGAUAUUUUCAGAUAUAGAGAUAAAACUGCUUUAGCUAGAAUAGAAUAAUAUUUGAAAGAUCAUACAUAAUCAUAAGUAGAGAAUAUGAAAAUAGACCAUAAAAAAAUAGUUAGUUUAGAGAACUUUUCAGAAGGAAUGUCAGCUUUAGAAAGAAGAGCUUAUUUAUCAAGAUUAAUAGCUAAAAAUUUAUUACCUUCAUUACAUAAUAAAACUCAUUUUUAGGCAGCCUAAACAAUGUUCAAUAAUUUGCCUUGUAAAUAAUAUAAAUAAUAAAAAAAGUAACAUUGAUGGAACAUACAAGAUCAUAACCAUUAUUACAUACUUAAGAGGAAAGUAGAAAAAAACAACCAUUGUAAUCAUCUGAAAAACCAAGAUUAUUGUCUUAAGAAGCACCAGCAAGACUUGAAGAUAUGGGAAGUGAGAAAGAUAAAAAAUAAGGAAAUGAAAUGGAGACAUUUAAUCCAGUUGAGACUUCAAAAAUGAUAUUGAAAAAGUGUAAUGUUGUUAAAGAUAAGAAUCCUAAAGUAUUUAAAAUAAUAAUGUAUUUUAAGGUUCCAACAUUACAUUAAGGUUCGGGACAUCUUAUAUCUACAAUGGAUAAAUCAAUAUAGGAUGUUUAUAGAGAGUUAUAUCAUGUAGAUUUUAAAAAAUAUGAUUGAGA